AUGCCUGUGCUUUACACUGUGAGCGACGACGUUGUCUGUCUGCUGCAGGAGAAAGAAGGAGCCGAAGACAGCUUGCUCCGCGUGCUGGACGCACACUUUACCAGCCGAAGGUAUGCCCCCGGGGAGAUGUCUCUGGCUGCGCAGGGCCUUCUUCGGGAGUUCCUGCAGCGUGCGCUCUUGGACCCAGAGUAUGCGCACAGAGAGGGGGCGGAUUGCCUGGCGCAGGGGCUGUGGGAGGAGGUUUGCACGUACUCCUGCACGGGAAUCGAGGACGUGCCUCUUUUGAUCUCCAGGGAGGGCGAGGCCGGAGACAUCACGGUUUCCGAGACCGUGUGCGUGCAGAGCAUAGAAAAAGAAAUACGCGUGUUUAUAGACAGAGUUGCAAAGGAAAAGAUUGGGGGCGCGUUCUCCCUGUCUGGGAUAUGGGCGCUUGGAAAGGCGCUGUUCACGGACGCGCAGGAAAUACUGGAAAAGCAGUUCUUUCUGGGGCUGUGCGACCCUCAAAAGCUUGCGUCUUUUCUGGGGGUGCUAAGCACAGGCCGAGUGCAUCCUGCAAUUACCGAGAUGGGGAUGUGCGGGAAAGUGUCAAUGGGCGUUCCGCUGGACGAAGACUUUCGCGUGGUUUCCGGAUGGGCGUUUCCGGACAUGGUGAGAUAUUCGAUCCUGCUGUACAGAAGCCUGAGCCACACAAGCGAAGAGGGGAGGGGGCGCUGCAUACACGCCAUGGUGGAGCAGGCUCUGCAGCUGGAGUGCGGGGAAGAGCCGGCGGUUCGCGUGGCGCUGAAUCUUCUUUUGCUCCGCGUGUUUGAGCAGCUGCAGAUGUGCGAUGCGCGGCGCGCCCUUCUUCUGAUGGACUCGGGCAGAAUUCUAUCUGAAUUCGCCGGGGAUGCGGCUUUGCCCGAGAGCAGCCGGGAAGUGUUUUUGCGCGGUGCUUUGCUCAUGUACACCAGCGCAGAGGCUUUUUCUGCGUCUCCGGAGAUCAAAAGGGAUUUGGCGAAGCGCGCGGUUGCGGCUGCUUCCAUUCUGGGCGAGGAAACGCACAUGGCGGAGUGCUUGGCCGAAAGCUGGGUAGAAGACCUCCCUGCAAUCAUGAAGUACUGCACGGCACAGAAGGCGCGCGUCUGCAUCUCUGCAAAAGCCCGCAUGCCCGUGCGCGUGCAGAGAAGCAUAAAAAGAGGCGAGUGCGUGGCGAAAAGAAAAAAAUCCAGCCACUUGGAGCAGGCGCGCAUCAGAUAUGUGCAGCGCCUGGUGGAGGAGAAAGACGCCCUGCACUCUGGGGAGCGCGCUGUUUUCACGCUUCAGAUCCCGGACGUGCCUGGAGAGUGCCGGGCCGUGCUGGAAGUAGACUCGAGGCAGAUGCUGCUGAAGAGCAAAAAAAUUCGGCUGGCGUUUAAGAACGUGACAGGCGAGGACCGGAUUGUGCACAUUUCCAGAGUAACGCUUGAAAUGGAGAAUGGCACGCUGGCGAUUCCUAUAGACAGAAAAAUCCGGGUUUUGCCGACGGAGUUUGUCCGGCCGCGCGUGCGCUACAGCAGGGAAGUUUCUUUGCACGGGAUGACCAAAAUAUCCACAAAGGGCGUUGCUUCAAAAGAAAAGGGGCUUUUGAUCUCUGCCGACGGAAGGGGGUAUAAGUCUGUAAAAAAGCAGGCUUUCUACGGCACGGACUUUCUUGGCCGGCGGAUCAAAAUAAAAACGCCGCACAAGUACACGCUGCAGGAAAAGCCCCGCGUGCAGUACCGAGUAGGGAAAAAUGCGGACAUCAAGUGCCGGAUCAUCGGCUCCUACCGGCGGGUGGAGGUGCUGUGCGGGCAUGCUGCAAGCCCAAACCAGGAAGGAAGGCUCACUGUGCGGGUGAAGCGCAGGCGGGUGACGCGCGAAGGCACAGAUGACCCGGUCCCUGAGCCGCAGAGCGCAGUGAGCAGCAUAGAGGCCGGCGUGUGCCAGAUUAUAUCGCACAGCCGAGCAGGGCAGGCGUGCUCCGCGAAGGAAAUGCUGAUACGGCACUACUUCUACCGAAAAAGCAGGAUUCUGCACAUGCUUAGGCCCUUCUGCGCAGAUGGCGUGGGGCCUGCUUUAGAGCUUCUCCCAAACUACGCAGGCGUGUCCCCCCUUAUUAUAAUACACCUGGAGCACGCAGUGGUGGUCAAGCAGCUGCCUCUGGAAAAAAAGCUCCCGAACCGCGCCCUGCUUUUAGGCUCCUGGAGGUCUCUGCACGCCCUGAAGAGCCACUGCCUUUUUGAGUCUAAGGCGGCCGAGCUUGACGCGUUCAUUCGGAUGGCCUCGCUGGGCGGAGCCCAAGGAAGCGCGGAUGCGCUCACACAGGAGCGGAGGGGCGAUAGCGUCUGGUGGUACUCGAGCGCUGCAGUGGUCCGGGCAAGCAGGCACGGCGAGGGCUCGGUGAUAUUUGUACAAAACCACUCAAGGUAUGCCAGCAUAGUCUGCAUAAUAGGAAUGAAAAUCACGCAUGUGCGCCCGCUAGAAACCGUUGUUUACAAAAGCGUGCAAAGCCCAGAAGGCCUUUCCAUAAUGGUAAAUACAGUGUAG